CACCCACGGACGCAUUUCUCAACACUGCACUCCUCUACCUGUCGAAGGGAACCGAACCUGUGCGUUAAAGGACUAAAACGACAUUAAAGCGACAAGAAAUCCACUGGAAAUAUACGCAAUCACGUGUCUCUCAAAUAAUAAUGGAUUAAAACAUAGUUUGGUUUGAAGAUAAACUACUUCCAGCAGAGAGGAGAAGAUAUUUGACUGCCGGCCAGGGACAUGGACUGGAAGACUUUCCAAGCCCUUCUCAGUGGGGUGAACAAAUACUCCACGGCGUUCGGGCGAGUAUGGCUGUCCGUGGUGUUUGUGUUCAGGGUGAUGGUGUACGUGGUGGCAGCGGAGCGAGUGUGGGGUGACGAGCAGAAGGACUUUGACUGCAACACCAAGCAGCCCGGCUGCGCCAACGUCUGCUACGACCACUUCUUUCCCAUCUCCCACAUCCGCCUGUGGGCCCUGCAGCUCAUAUUCAUCACCUGCCCGUCCUUUAUGGUGGUCAUGCACGUGGCGUACCGUGACGAACGUGAGCGCAAGUACAGGGCCAAGCAUGGCGACGACAGCAAGCUGUACAACAACACGGGCAAGAAGCACGGCGGCUUGUGGUGGACCUAUCUGCUCAGCCUCUUCGCAAAGACGGGCAUCGAGGUCUCCUUCCUCUACAUCCUCCACCACAUCUACGACAGCUUCUACCUGCCAAGACUAGUCAAGUGUGAGGUGUUGCCUUGCCCCAACAAGGUGGACUGCUACAUCGGCCACCCCACUGAGAAGAAGGUCUUCACCUACUUCAUGGUUGGAGCUUCGGCCCUCUGCAUCAUCCUGAACAUCUGCGAGAUCAUUUAUCUCAUCUCCAAACGCUUUGUACGAAUCGCAAACAAGAUCAAGAGGCGCAAUCGCAACAUGACCCUGCGUCAUGACAACUACAGCGACGACCCCUUUAACAACUGCAACCUGACUGUGUUGAGGUCGGACCUGAAGGAAAGGCCUCCAUCCUUCAAGACUGCGUGCAAGUCUUCGUACAGGAAUGCUGGACUCAAACUUGAAGAGAAGAUACGGGCAUCUGCUCCGAAUCUGUCCACUACUUCGUGAUUGAAAAACGAAGCCGAAAUCAGGCUAAAGACCAACAGAUCAGCAGUGCUUGGGCUGGAACCCGAAGACAAACCUCAGAAAACUGACUCAGAAAUAUGAACCAAACUAGAGUAUGUGUGAGACCCUGGAAGUUGAGUCAUCAGUACUGGAUUCUUCCUGUUGGCCCUUGUGUCCACAUCUAAGACUCUUUUUUUGAACGCAUGAACUUUGGUUUCCAAGUCAACAUCCACAAUAUUUACAAGUCAGCUAGAGCCAAACUGAUUUGUUAAUGAUAUGUGGGUUUCUUUUUUGAAUACAAUAAUGGUCUUUUAGCCUUUUCAACUUCACCCCUUCACCCAUUUUAGAACAUUCCAGCGAGGUUUUCUCUGUCUUUCUUCUUCAGUCGACUCAACUACUGUGAGUGUGUCUUUACAGGUCUCUCUUAAAAAUCGAUCAGACAGCUGCAGCUGAGUCAGAACUCUGCUGCUCAUAAGGAAAGUGAUCACAUCAUUCCUGUUCGGAGGUCUUUACACUGCUUCCUGUCUGUCAAAGAAUUGAUUUAAAAAUACUACUGUUUAUAAAGCACUUAAUGGUUUAGGGCCGAGGUACAUUUCUGAUCUUCUACUACGUUAUGCACCAUCCAGACCUCUCUGGUCGUCUGGGACAGGUCUGCUUUUUGUCCCCAGAGUCAAAACUAAACAUGGAGAAGCGGCGAAAACUGCAAGUCUGCUGCAACUCUGUUCUUUUAAACCAAGGCUGAAGACUUUUCUUUUAUUAAAUCAAAUAAUGAUUAAUUUCUUACUGUAAUUUUUACUCUCCUGUUUUAUCUUGUUUUUCUUUUCUAUUUAACUCUUUUUAAGUGUUUUUUAAAUGUCUUUAUAUAUUGCCCCAUGUUGUUUUUAGGUUUUAUGUAAAGCACUUUGAAUUGCCUUGUUGCUGAAAUGUGCUAUACAAAUAGACUUGCCUUGCCUUUCCUGUGAUGGGAGUUUUGACAUGGGAGGGGAAGGAAAUGAAACGCUGCAAACAAGAAGGCAGGACACACCUGGCAGAGGUAUUCACCCUCCCUUCCACUGUCUACAGUAAUGUGUCAGGAUGUGUUUUCACUAAACGUUACAUGCAGGCAGUGAUCUCUUUUAUUUAACUGAACUGAAAUCAUAGCUUUAUCUUCACAAUUGGCUGUCUUGACGACCCCAAAUCAUUGAGGAAUGGUAAACAAUCCUGCACUGGAGUGUGGACACUCCAAAGUCAUAGUAAAGGCUGAGUAAUACUUGAAGGUGUGCAAACUGGCCAAAAAGGAGUUUUUUUACUGCAUUUAUUUUCUUAGUUAAGAUUUAUUACAGCAAUAAAAUGCAUGUAUCAUUUGUAUAUUUCUUUAUGUAAAGCCUUAGUGGGCAUAUGCUUGGUCUCAGAUUUAUGCUGCACAGCCACACGUUGUACAUAGACAGCCUGUGUUUUGACGUGCUAGUACACAAACUCGCCUCAUCCAAGACCACUGUUGAUUUAAAAAUGGCGAAAGGAAUGCUGCUGUUUAAUUCUGUGUUGUAAGCUGGAGCACAGUGGAGGAGGCGGGGAGGAAGGUUGGACAAACAGAUGGCUCAUUGAACUUUUAUGCAUUUUUGUGAGUCCCUUAUCGUCCACUGUGGACAUCAGGUGGAAAUGUAUUUUCUGCACUUAUUCUAUAAUAAUGUAAUUUUGUUUCAUUAAACAGAAAUAUUACAUUUA